AUGGCUCCAAAAACAAUGUGCAUCCUAGGUGAUGAGGCCGCCGGAAAGAAGACUCUAACUGGGCACCUGGUCUUCACGUGCGGGGCUUCCCUUCCCGAAAUCGAACUCCUCGAGAAGAGUCGGGUUCGCGAUUAUCGUGGCAUCGCAACCCUUUACCGCCAGCAAGGCAGGCCCGUUUCAUUCUACGGCCCCUCUGCCCAAUACACAGUCACAGACGUUCCUGGAAACGCCCAUGUUGCUCUCUGGGUUGUCGAUGCGUCUGCUGACGACCACGGAGCGUCUUCAAGCCAAAGGCUUGAGACCCUCCUGUCUUCCGGGGAAUUCCGUGUCGAUGAGCAGCUGAUUAUAAUUGCUACCAAAAUGGACCUGAACAACUGGUCCGAGACUGUCUUCGCGCAAGUCGCACACUCAUUCGCCAAGAUCAAGCCUGCGCAAUUCAAGUAA